UCAAUGUGUGUAUAUAUACGAAUGUGUGCGCCUGAGUGCGGACCCAGAGCGCUGCGCUGCUCAGUGGCUCACACACAUACUCUACUCCAAUCUGUGCUGUGCCAUUAAAACCCCCACCGUAUAUAUAAAAAAAAGACGCUCCUCUCUGACAGUCCGACAAGGCGUUCGCUGAGACCGCCCGUCCGCCUCUCUGCUCCAGAUUCGAGGAAUUUCUCUCCCACCACUCAUCGCUUCUGAGGAGAAAAAAAGAACCGUGUGUUUUAUUUUCUCUCAUUUUUUUUGUUAAUUCCUUGAGAGGGGAAAACAAAAAAUGUGGAAGAACUCUCAGUGUUGAAACGGACCUAUUCCGAUCCUGAUUUGAAGAGGAGGAGGAGGGGAGUUGCUGCUGAAGAAAGAAAAUAAGAAGCCGGGCACAACUUUCUCUGCAGCCGAAAGCAACUUUCAGUCUGGAUUUCUGAAGGGAGAAGAAGAGGGUGCAGCGAAAAAGCUUGUUUCUUUAUUUUCCGAAUUGUUAAAUUCGCCCUGCACGCUACCCGCUUGCCUUGUGGCAUCGGUGAAGUAUUCAUGUGUGCGAGAAGAGUUCUUCCCUGAAACUUUCGCUGUGAUUUUUGUGGGCUUUUUUUGUGUGUGUGUUUUGAGUACAUAAAAGUUUUUUUUGUUGUUGUUGUGCUGUUUUGCAAGAAAGAAAAGCGGUGCGAAACAAAAAUGGUUCCGUCUGGGAUAUACCUGGCUGCCAAGUUGCUAGCAGCCGUACACCUUCUGCAGUUGUUCGCUCAGAGCGGCCGGGCUUUGGUGUGCUUACCGUGCGAGGAAUCUAAAUGCGAGGAGCCCAGGAACUGCCCCGGGAGUAUCGUGAUGGACUUCUGCGGCUGCUGCUCCGCCUGCGCCCGGCAGAAGAACGAGAGCUGCGGCGGCGUGUACGGUCUGUACGGGACUUGCGACCGCGGCCUCCGGUGUGUGAUCCGACCCCCGUUCAAUGGCGAUUCCAUCACCGGCUACCAAGUCGGCCUCUGCGAAGAUGAGAGCUGGGAAGACGACCAACUUCUUGGAAUCGAGCCCUGCAAUGAAAACCUAGCAACAGGCUGCAACAUCGUCAAUGGGAAGUGCGAGUGCGACACUAUUCGGACCUGUAACAAUCCAUUUGUAUUUCCCAGUCGGGAAAACUGCCUUUUGGCAAUAAAGCAGAUUGAAGAAGAGAAGCCAGAUUGCUCCAAAGCCAGGUGUGAGGUGCAGUUUUCUCCCCGUUGCCCAGAAGACUCCAUCCUGAUUGAAGGCUAUGCCCCUCCUGGCGAGUGUUGUCCCCUCCCAAGCCGCUGUGUAUGUAAUCCAGCUGGCUGCCUCCGGAAGGUCUGUCAGCCCGGAUACCAGAGCAUCCUUGUUUCCAAAGCAUCGGGAAAACCAGGAGAAUGCUGUGACCUGUAUGAAUGCAAGAAAGUGUAUAACGUGGACUGCAGCACAGUGGACUGCCCAGCCAUUCAGCCUGUCGUCUGCCCACCCGACAGCUAUGAGACCCCGACCCGGCUAACUGCUGAUGGUUGCUGCACUCUCCCGACACGGUGCGAAUGUCUGCUGGGAAUCUGUCGUGUCCCUAAGUGUGAGGCUGGCACUGUGCCACGUAUCAUUUCCCCUGGGGAUGGCCUGCCAGGAAGAUGCUGCGAUCUGUUCGAGUGCAUCAACGAGACAAAGCCCACGUGCAUAUUCAAUGGUGUGGAAUAUUACGAUGGAAAUAUGUUCCGGAUGGAUGCGUGCCGUUUCUGUCGAUGUCAAGGUGGUGUCUCGAUUUGUUUCUCAGCACAAUGCGGAGAGCUGCACUGUGACAGGUACUACGUACCUGAGGGAGAGUGCUGCCCAGUCUGUGAAGACCCAGUGUACCCCAUCCACAACCCCGCUGGGUGUUAUGCUAAUGGGCAGAUCCGUGCCCAUGGAGACAGGUGGCGUGAGGACGAUUGCACCUUCUGCCAGUGUAUUAAUGGAGAGCCCCACUGUAUGGCCACAGCCUGCGGUCAGAGCUGCUUGAACCCAGUGAAGAUUCCGGGAGAGUGCUGCCCUGUGUGUGAAGAGCCAACAUACAUCACCAUUGGGCCCCCGACAUGCGAGCUGCUGAUCAACUGCACCCUGACUGAAAGAGAUUGUAUCUAUGGCUUCAAGCUGGACCACAGUGGAUGCCACACAUGUCAGUGCAAAACCAGAGAAGAGCUGUGCACAGGGCUCAUAUCGGGCUGUGGCCUGGACUGUCCGUUUGGCCUGCAGACUGACGUACACGCCUGUGAGAUCUGCCAGUGCCGCACACGGCCAAAGAAAUGCAAGCCCGUGGUUUGUGACAAAUACUGUCCUUUCGGAUACAUGAAGAACAAACAUAGCUGCGAUAUCUGUCGCUGCAAGAAGUGCCCUGAGCGUCCGUGUGACAAGUAUUGUCCAAUGGGAUUCGAGCAAGACAUUUAUGGCUGUCUUAUCUGCAAGUGCAAGGAGGUGCCCACAACCGCCAUCCCACCGGUCAAAACUGGCUCGUGUUUGUCCAUGGAUGGGCGGCGUCACGAGAGCGGUGAGAGUUGGCAUGACGGUUGCCGUGAAUGCUACUGCUACAGCGGACGCGAGAUGUGUGCACUCAUCACCUGUUCCGUGCCCAACUGUGGAAAUCCUACCAUCCGGCCCGGGCAAUGCUGCCCAUCAUGCCCAGAGGACUCUGGCCUUUGGAAGCCUGAGCUGAGUGAUACCUCGAUCUGCCAUGCUCCUGGGGGCGAAUACUUUGUUGAAGGAGAAACUUGGAACAUUGACUCCUGCACCCAGUGCACGUGCCACACCGGGCGUGUGCUCUGUGACACCGAGGUCUGCCCACCCAUCCUCUGCCAGAACCCCAUCAGGACACCAGACUCAUGCUGCCCGCAGUGCCCAGAUGAACCUCUUCAGCCUAUGUCGCCAAGCAACAGAAGUAUGCCUGGUUACUGUAAGAAUGAUGAAGGUGAUAUCUUCCUGGCAGCUGAAUCCUGGAAGCCAAAUGUAUGCAGCAGCUGCAUUUGCAUGGAGGGUGUCAUCAGCUGCUACUCGGAGUCGUGCCCAGCUGUGACCUGUGCCCGGCCUGUCCUGCGGAAAGGGCAGUGCUGCCCUUACUGUAUUGAGGAGAGCAUCCCAAGCAAAGUCGUGUGUCACUUCAAUGAGAAAACCUACGCGGAUGAGGAGCGAUGGGACAUCGACAGCUGUACACACUGUUACUGCCUGCAAGGGCAGACACUCUGCUCCACGGUCAGCUGCCCUCCCCUCCCCUGCCUGGAACCUGUCUACGUGGAUGGAAGCUGCUGUCCUGUGUGCCCAGACCUGUACAUUCCGGAACCCACCAACAUACCCAUUGAGAAGUUUGACCAAAGAGGACAGAUUGAAGUGGAAGCCCCGUUCUGGCCAACUCCUAGUGGGAACGAAAUUCCUGCACAUCUUCGGGACGAUGCGAAUCUCCAUGUAAACGCAAUAGGUGGAGACUAUCCUCGGUACAAUGAAGACUCUGCCAUACACUCAGUGGCUUGGGUAGCACUGCCCAUCAUGAUUGCUCUUAUUCUAGUCAUAGCUCUGCUGCUCGUCAACCAGAAGAAACAGUGGAUCCCAGUGCCCUGUUACAGAGCUCCUACAAAGCCCUCGUGUCUGAACAACCAGUUGGUGUACGUGGACUGUAAGAAAGGAACUAUGGUUCAGGUGGACAGCUCCCAGAGGAUGCUGAGAAUGGCAGACCCAGAUUCCAGACACAGCGGCUUCUACAGCAUGCCAAACACAAAGCAAAACAAUUUACAAGUGGACAGCUUCUAUCAAACGCACUGGAUCAUGUAAAGAUACUACCAGAGAUGAGGACAACCACAUCAGGCUUUUCCCUGAAAACCACCAGCCUCUCUGGUGGCUUCCUAAGAGUUUCGGAAGGUGGACAAUAGAAGAAACUUUGUUGGACAAAGUUCCUGCUCGAUAUUGAAUGAGAAAAAGAGACUGGGUUUUGUACUUACUGGUAUACAGACUAGAGACUGCUUCCGUGGUAGGAAGCUUCGUAAUUAUAUAUUACUCAAGCACCUUUUUUGAAGCUCAGAAAAAGGAGAUUAUGCUUUGUGAAACAUUAGCAUUAUAGGAAUAUUUAUGUUAAUAUAUAUUAUGCUAAAACAAAAGUAUUUGUACAUAUAUAUAAUUUUCUAUGUUUUCCUGUUUAAUGUAUUUAUAUCCUAGAGAGAUUUUAUCCAGUUUAAAAAAAAAAUUAGCUUAACAGUCAUUCCAUUUUAGUGCUUGAUGGCUCACAGGACUCCCAAAAGGAAAGAGCAUCUCAUUUUACCUAAGAUUUUGUGCCUUUUUGCUGACGGCUUCAGCACUGCUCUCGCUACUUCUGAUUUCAGCCUCUGAAGGGCUUUAAAGAUCGCAAAAUGGGUCUCACAGUUAUCCAUAAUACAGUACCAAUGCUUGCCGAUCUAGAAUUUUUUUCUCCCCCACUUAAAAGUUAGCCUUUCUUUUAUCCAGCUACUAUGUCGUUGAUUAACUUGUACAGCUUAUUGUGUUGGUCUGUUGUUUGAUUCCUGUUGCAAUUUAACCAUAAGGAUAUUAUGCACUGGGCAGCAUUUCUUUUUUGGUUCUUAUUAUAAACAGUGUGCUUUGUACUUGUUUUGUCUUUUUUCUCCCCCUUGCAGAAGUUUUGACAGGCAGUUUUUUUUCUCUUCCCUGAAUGCACCAGGCUCUCUAUUUGUAAAAUACAAUAACAGAAGUGUCCCCAGUCGCAGAGUGAAUAAAACUCAACGCCCGGUGCAGAGCUUAACUCACAGGACAAGGAGGUCCCAGUCGCAAUUCCCAGGCCAUGCUGAAAGCAACCCCUGUCAGCUAGGGCAUCAGUAAGGGAGCCAGUGAAUGGCCUCACGCCUCCCAGCUUCAGGAGGGAAUGAUUCGGCCAGUGUCCCUGCUCCCUCACGGCACACCUACCGGCGAGAACAGGAUUGGGCUCAGUCUCAUCGGAGACCAGAACACCACAGAUGCAGCUGGAAAUCUGAACUAAGAACAGAAGACGGCAGACAAACUUUGCAGGAUGAUGCUGGUGUUCGUGGAGAGAAACAAAAGGGUGAAUUGUACUCCUCCCCUCGCGCCCCCUCCCGUAGCCCUCCCUACCAUAUUUGAAGGCAGGGCCCAGGGGGCUGAUGUAGGGGAGAUUGUAAAAUGGACAGCUGGCCUGCCCAUUCAUUCCGACCUGUCUCCCACGUUACAGCGAGCAGGAACAGGUAUCAGACAGCCAAGCCAAGCCAAGCUGCAGUUGGUGACCAAUGAAGGGCAUUAUUCCACAUCCUCCUGUUGUCGUUUUAUGUGUUCCUAGAGACAAGGGAACCUGUGCUUAGUACACAGGGUCUUCUCCCCAUGUAGUUGGCAAAUGUGGGAGAGAGGUGGGGAUAGUAUUUAAUUGGGCAGGUAGUAUAUUCAAACCCUUCCACCCUUAAACCUUCCAAACCCGGGACUUGAGUGUAGGGUAAACUUGACUGUAAGGUAGACUUGCCACUGCCUGAUCGGUAUGUGGUUCAGAAGUCCUUCCCUAGACAAGAGAGAUUGGAUUUCUCACCAGUGAUUUCAAUGUUCACCCCCUCGCACCGCCCGUCAUCUCUACUAUUGCUCCCCGCCACCGAUCACAUUCCUCUCCUACCUCUGUGUCAUUUUACAUCCACCUCAGUAAACCUGCAGCCCCAACAGUUCAGCCUUGGGGCCUCCGUUCACAGCUGUUUAUUAAAUCAUCUCCUCCCCUCUGAGUAAAAUCCUCCCUCUUUUCCCUCCCUGGGAUGGUGUCUGUCAUCACUCCCUCAAAUUCAAGAGGCACAGACUUCUACCUAUUAACCCCUCAUUGCGGUUUAAGCUGUUAAUCACUGGAUCCGACUGAACUACACAAAAUGUAAUCGACCCUGUUCUUUGUCAAAACUGAUCACAGCUCCACAAUUGAGUGAAAACAAAUAUUUUCCUCCAAAGGGAACUCUGGAUUAUUUUCUCCAUGAACCACUGACUUCUUAAGCCACUCCAAACCCACCUCUAACAAGCACAAAAGAGCUCAUGGGCUGUGUCAGUAUAGUGGAGCUCUUUUGUUGAGUUAUGUCUGCUACGUGGUCCUCCUUCCCUUGUCCACCAAGCUGAGGGAACCCCUCCCCCCACAACGCUGUCACCUGAAGGAUGAUGAAGUCUGACUCGGGUGUUAGACAUAACUCGAUACACAAGGGAUGAUAAAACAGGUCAUCUUGUGGAACCCUGCACACCCAACUCCCAGUUCCUUGUGAUUGCUACCGUGUAACAUGCCCAGGAGUUGUUCUUAGAAUAAAGGUAUAGUUAACCCUUCACUUCACACUGCCCUUGUCCUGAACUCAUGUCUUUCACUUUUGUUCUUUGGUUCUUGUUCAGCCAUAUCUGACCUCACCUUGACCCUGAGAGCUAGCACAUACUGUGUCGAUCCAGUUCCUGUGAAACAGCUUCUCUACCUAACAUGCACAACAGCCUGUGUUGGAAGUGGUUCCCUCUCUCAUCCUCGGACGUCACUUCCCUGAAAAGCAUGAACACCUUUGAACUACCCCCCUACCCUACUGUCCUUAAUAGCUAUCUCCCCGUCUCAAACUUACCUUUUCUCUGAGAGGUCCCAGAAUGUGUUGUCACCCUCCAUCUACCACUACCCAUCCCCACACACCCCGUCCCGGCUCCAUGGCGCUGAAUGCUACAGGCCACUCACCAAUGGAAUAGUAGGACAGGUGGAGCCAGGAGAAGGUGAGCCAGCAUUUUCCUGCUGUCUGUCUAUCCAACCCUGCUCCGAGCAAGAUUAUAGGGAAGAGCAGGAAUGGAGGUGGGAUUGAGUGUGUAGCCCAUGACUGUACCAAUCGAAGGCCUUAAGUGGGCAUUUAAUGCCACAUUAAAGGCCUCACCCUCCCCUACCUUCCUCACCAGCACUUGAUGUAAUGAGUGGCAGGAGAGAUCUGCACCCAACACAGAGCCUGGGAGAUAAACCCCACACACUGCUGGCUGAUAGAAUUGAGGAGCCUGUGUCAAAGUGCCCUGUGUCUACCAGAGUGCUCCUUCUUCUGCACUAGCCAGUCAGACACACUACCCACCAUCCAUUGCUGGGAUCUGUCAGCCUGCUGGCCCAAGAGUGAUCUUAGAGCCACUGGAAUAUUCAGAUCCAUCGCUGACUGUCACCUCCUGCCUUUCCUGCAGCACCCAUGAGUACUCAGCACUUCUGCUUGGCAUUGCCAGUGGACAGAGAUGUUGGUCAAUGCAGCGGAGUUUCAUUCCUGGAGAUGGGGGUAGUGAAAAGACCACCCUCCCUUCCCGCGCACACUAAUUAAAGGGCCAUUGUGCAAAGAAAACAUUAACAAUAGGUCCAGGGAGCCCAAACCUCAACGUGUCUCAUCAGAAGUUGGAUAUCUCCAACUCUGGCUAUUAUGGUUACUCCCCCCCGCCCCCCACCUCAUCCUUUGUUCCCAGAAUAGCCUUCAGCUACAUUACCCACACCACCUCUCUCUUCUCCCCAUAAUACACUUCUUGAAACCUACCUCUUUGGCCAAACCUUUUAGUCACUCAUUCCAAUAUCCCUUCCUUUCAAUUAUUGUUCCACUGCUUUCCUAUGAGGCACCAUGGGGAUACUUUCAUUUUACCCCCAACUUAAAGGUGCUAUGCAAAUGGAGGCUGUCCAUUUUGGGCGAACAUGAUUUAUUUCCUCUAUUGAAGUAUGUAUUAUGGGUAAUUGUGAAGAGCUCCAGAUGGCAUUGAAAGGCAUCACAAACAUAUGUUGAGGGGGAGAGAGAGAGAGACAAAAUAAUUGACAUGGUUCCUGGUACUGAAAAGUUACUAACAAAAGAACUACUGGAAUGUUUGUAUUGAUAAGCUGGACUUUUUUUUUGUAGUAUGCCUAUUCAUGGUUAUAACUUACUAAAUGUAUUAAAAACAAAAGACAGGUCUUGGCACUUUUUGUACUAAUUAGCCCUUUUUUGUGUAAUACCUUUAUAAAGUGCUUUCAUGAGAAAACCAUUUCCCAGUUUGCUUUAAUGUGAAAACAUUUGUACUUGUGUUUCGUAGUGGAAUUCUCAAGUAUUGUUGUAGAUACUUGGGGUUGGAGCUCGCUGAACUUGAAGCUGAAAAAAAAUCUAAUUUAUUGUUUGACCUAAUUUAUUAAUCUGAAGAUUAAUGAAAAGUUAGAACAUCGCAAGAUGUACAGUUUUUUUUUGCGCUAUUUGUACGGAAGGAAAAAGAAAGGUGAUCUGGUUUAAUUAAGGGUCGAGAUUUUUUCCUGUCUACGUGACUGUUUCAUUGUUCCCACACAGUGAUGGUUAUCUCUUGAAACUUGUUUUCUUUGCUGUCUCUACACCCCACCCCAACUUAGUCUCCCCUGCCAUCCCAUCCCUAACUCUCCCCACUUGUAUAUGGGAAUAGAAUUCUUCCUGUAUGAUCAAGACCAAUUGUUUAUUUUUUUCCCAACCAAAAGAACUAUGUUGAGUUUUUUUUUUAAACAGGUAUUAUUUCACGACUUGUUCUUAUUUUUGUGAUUGUGGUUGAAUUUUGGAGGUGACAUAAAAAAGAACUAACAGAAUGCAGGACAUAUGGGGUAAGAUGCUUUUUUAAAAAAAAUAUGAGGGGAAGAAAGAUUGCUGUCCACUACGUACUGUAUCCAUUUCACUCUUGUACUUUGGUUACUGUUGUGCUAAUGUAAGAUAAUGCAAAAUAUUUCUCAAAUAGAUGCGUAUGUGGCACUUGGAGUGCACUGCAGUUCCGCAGUUGGCUUGUUUACUUUUUUUUAAAUGUAAGGCAUUUUCUUGUAAAUUCGCUCUUGACAGCACAAUAAACAUCGUUAAACCCA